AUGGGCGACGCCGACAAGCGUGGGGAGUUCAUGGAGCUCCAGCAGAAGCUCCUGCAGACGUCGCACCAGCUGCGGCAGAUGGAGCGGCAGGCGGUGCAGCACAGCACGGACAUGAGGAGAGCCAAGCUCAUUGUGGCCGAGGUCGGGCCGCUCCCGGACAACGUCAUCAUGUACAAGAACGUCGGCAGGGCCUACAUGAUGGAGGCCAAGGGCGCCGUCAUCCAGAGCUACGAGGGCAAGGCGGCGUCCGCGCAGGCGUCGAUCGAGAACCUCAAGUCCGCCGCGGACAAGGUCCAGGAGCUCGCCAAGAGCACCAAGCAGGACAUGGAGGAGCUCCUGCGGACCUACCCGAACCUGCUCAAGGCGCAGUGA